UUGGUAGAGGUAUGGCGGAAAACGUAGAUUCAGCACAAUUUAAUGCGGAUGAGGUGGAUGCCCCAGCUUGGCUAAAUGCGGAACUUAUCGAGGGCGCUCUAAGAGCUUAUGAAAAGGAUCCUGAAUUGCAUGUAACUGAUUUGAAAAUUAGUCCUGCGACUCUGCAGGGAGAUCAUUAUGCCAGCGUCAUGUUCCGAGCUGUUUCCCACUACUCCACCGCCAAGGGGAAUUUCUCCAAGGCACUGAUAGUUAAAACAAUGCCGGAACAGGAAGGUCACAAAAAGGAUAUGCUGUCAAAUUCGCCGAUAUUCAAAACGGAGAUCUUAAUGUACAGCAAAGCUCUUCCAGAGCUCGAGAGAAUUCUCCGGGAGGCAGGGGAUACUACCAAGCUCUAUGCGCCUUGUAUCUAUCACAGCUUGGAACCUCAUCAGGUGAUGAUAUUCGAGGAUCUGGUGCCACAGGGGUACACCGUCAUCCGAGAUCGUUAUCCUAAUAAAGAAGAACUUCAGAAAGCCUUCUUCAAGUUGGCAAAGUGGCAUGCAGCCAGCAUGAAAGUUUUAAAUGAGCGACCUGACUUUCUUAAGGAAUUUAAGUAUGGGUUAUGGGGCAUGCCCAACUUUCUGAACGAUUCUAUAGUGACAACUGGAGUACCCUGUUUCCUGGAAAUGUUAGACAAGGUUCCGGAACUCACGAAAUAUAAGCCGUAUUUCGAAAAAAUAAAGGAUAACUACAUUCAGCAGAUGAGUGCAGUCAUGGAAGAAUAUCGCACUAAUCCGAAGCCAAAUAGGUACUACGUGCUGUGUCACGGGGAUUUUCAUGGGCGCAACAUGAUGUUUAGGUAUAACAAGGAAACAGGGUCUUUCGAGGACGUAAUGCUGGUGGAUUUCCAGAUCAGUAAUGUUUGCCCCCUUUCCAUUGACCUAAUUUACUCCAUCUUCAUGGUAAUGGAUACGGAGGAUCGUUGGGAUCUUGGAAAGGAAUAUAUCAAUUAUUAUUUCUCUGUUCUGGCGGACACUCUGAAAAAAAUAGGCUUCAAAGGUGAAAUGCCAACUCAGACAGGAGUGUGGGAGCAUAUUCAUGGCCAUAAGGAUUACGAAUUCUUCAUGAUGACCAGCUUUCUACCCCUGGUGGCUGCCAUGAAUACGAAAACAUUUAAAAGUAUGGAUUCAUUUUUUGAUCCGCAAACGAAACAAAAGUCUUUCUUUUUGGAUGAAUACAUUACGGAUGUCAAGAUGCUAUUGCGAAAAUUCGAAGAACUGGGAUAUUUUAAAGAUCUUUAAUCCGAUUGUAUAAAAUUAAUUGAAAUAAAAAAAUAACUUCACAUUUACCUACAU